CAGCAUCACUACAAGCUCCCUACAACCUCAAUACAAUAGGCACACGCAAUCAUGUCUGCGACACACCCCUACGUCCUCGAUGACGACAGUGACAGGCCCACGAGUAAUGAGGAGAGCGAAUUUGAUCUUAUCGACUAUGACUCUAAUGACGACGAGCCCGAGGUUAUCUCUCAUCAUCACUGUGCUAGCUCGACUUCCUCUGCACCUAACCUUGUAAGAGCUUCUUCUCUUCAGCCCUCAGAAGUCGUGAUAGGAAGUUACCGCUUGGGUAAAGGUCUAGUCAUUAGACCAGAAAGCACAGUGGAGUUGCAUGGCCACUUGACACAUGAAGCCGAUAUCAGGCAUAGUGGGGAUUUCCUCCGCGUCAAGUACAUCGUCAUGAACUUGGAGACAGAUGAGGUCCGGCUCUGUGGUCAUCGAAUGCGGCGCGUUAAAUACCUUGGUCAGUUAUUUGACUGGCAAUUGAAUGAGCUCGCAAUAGUGCUACGUAUCAAGGAACAAGACGAGCGCGCUCCACUCGUUGCUGGACUAGAAGAUGUCAACAUCGACGAGGUUUACCGCAUACGCGAAUGCAUGCUUACAAACAAGCCGUAUCCCUUCCUCAGUUUCCGGGCUAGUGGCAGAUUGGCUAUCCCUGUUGGCAUGAGUCAAGAAGAGAUUAAACUCCAAAUCUUCCAUGCAGGGAGACUUACUUGCAGAGUCAUCAACAUACAGUACGUAAAUCAACACGGCAAAUCAUACAGUGGCAUCGUCCGGUACCUCUAUGCAAAGGAGGCAGACAAACUUAGCAACUUGGAUCAGUUGAUGCAAGUCGGUGCAUCUCGAAAGACAGCAAUAUCUAUCGGAGUUGAAGAUGAUGAUUGCGUAAUUGUUACUAAAGAUUGCUCUACUUCUAGGAACAGGAAGCAUCGUAGGCGCGCCGGUUCUUCUGGUUUGGCCACUCCAAGAAGUAAGGCCAGAUUCAGUAGCAAGAGAGACCAACUGACCUAUGGAGACGUCUAUUGUGGCGUCGGUGGUGCAUCUCAAGGCGCUUUGCAAGCGGGCUACUCAGUUGCUUGGGGGCUGGACAAGGAUGAUCGCGCUAUCGAAGCUUACAAGCUGAACCACCAUAGUGCUUACUCGUUCAAGAUGGAUGCACAUGAUUUCCCACCACAAGGUAUUAGCAAGAAGGCAUGGAGGGUAGAUGUCCUCCACCUGUCACCUCCAUGCUGCUAUUGGAGUCCUGCGCAUACUCAACCAGGACCCAAUGACCAAGCCAACUACGAGGCGCUGUAUACAGUCGGUCCAAUUCUGAAGAAAGUGAAGCCUCGAGUGGCAACACUCGAGCAGACCUCUGGUUUGUUAACAAACAGAGAACAUAAACGGAACUUUUUCAUGCUGCUCAAUGAUAUUGGCCAGGCUGGAUACGACUUGAGGUACAAGGUCCAAGACUUGUCAGAAUUUGGUCUCGUGCAGCAACGUAAACGGCUUCUUAUCAUUGCUGCUAGGCGCGGGAUGCCUCUGCCACCUUUCCCCAAACCCACUCAUGGGCCUCCUGGUAACAGCCUCAAAGGUCUUAUCACUAUCGCUGAUGCGCUCCUGCCCUUGAGACAUCCUGGGUAUGAAGCCACCACCGACCCUUAUAACCAACCUCGUUUCUUUACUUCUCCUAGAACACCGUAUAGUGUAAAUUCGUACCUGAAAGGGUGCAUAACGACCGGAGGAACUACUGCGUACCAUCCCUCUGGCAUGCGGCCCUUCACUGCAAGGGAACUAUCUCUUCUUCAGAGUUUCCCGCGCACUUAUCAAUUCACUGGGUCGAAAAGUGAGGCGACGAAACAGGUGGGAAACGCUUUCCCCCCCAUAAUGGCUGAGGCUUUGUACCGCAGCAUAGCCAAAACCCUGAAGACAUAUGACCAGGACCUAAUUGGAGCGGAAAAUGUCGAGGAGCUUUUCAACAAUGACGAAGAGAUCAUCAACUUACUCAGUGACGACGAUGAAGAGAUUGAGAUUCUCAGUGACUGA